AUGUCGUCGACUCUCUCUGCUGCCGACGAAGAUAUCUUCGAGCGCUUGCAGCAGCGCAAGGACCCGAAGGUGUUGGAUGAGCAGCAGCAAGCGAUCAAUGAGCGGACGCAGGCCAUUCUCCAAAAGGCUCAAGCUCGUCUUGGAGAGCUGCUCGACGAAAAUUCAACCUUGCCAUGCGCCAUCUCAUCCGUUCAGGUGCUGAAUGCGCCUCACACUCGUCGGGAAUUCCUGGAGAAGAUUGUGAGCCCUCUGCUCAGCGAGAACAAGGAUAAACCCUACACACUCUCCGAGGCAUUGCGAGAAAUCUCGCAGACGGCAGACAAGCUGGGGCGAUUUGACCUGUUCCAGCAACCGAUUGCCAUUCACCUCGACGAGUCUAGCCCCACUUCCACCGGACUGCGUACCAUCGACGUGCUUUUGGCCACCAAGGAAAAGUCACGGGUCCUGUUGAAGACUGGCACCGAUCUCGGAAAUGCUGAGGGAUCAGCUUACGGUAAUCUGUUGUGGCGCAAUGUCUUUGGUGGUGCCGAGACACUGAACUUGAAUGCCUCCUUGGGUACACGGACCCGGUCCGCCUAUCAGGCUGCUUUCGAGACUCCCAUCUUGUGCGACCCCGAUUUCCGACUCGAGGUCGGUGCGAUCGCGAGUGCUACACAGAAAUCCUGGUCCAGCCACGAGGAGGUUCUGAAGGGUGGUUGGAGUAAGCUCCGAUGGUUGUCCAAGAACGGUCAUCGACAUGAAUUGGGCUACAAUGGAUUCUGGAGACAAGUCACUGGCCUGGCGGAGAAUGCCUCUCCGGUGGUUCGGGCAGAUGCCGGUGACAGUGUGAAGAGCAGCAUCUUCCACAGCUGGGUCAACGACCAGCGCGAUCACCCCAUGCUGCCGUCUCGUGGUUACUACGCCAAGGUUUUCAACGAAGUCGCCGGUUGGGGUCCCUUGAAGGGUGAUGUCUCCUUUUGGAAAUCAGAGGUGGAGACCCAGGGUGCUCUACCGAUUCCCAUUCCGGGCAUCCAGGGGGACAGCGGCGUCAGUCUCACCACCAGCUUCCGCGCUGGUCUUCUUGUCCCUCUGGGCCUGGACUCUGAUGCUCGUCCUCAAUUGUCCCGGAUCAAUGACCGAUUCUUCCUGGGUGGACCGACCGACGUGCGCGGCUUCCGACUGUGUGGUCUGGGUCCCCGAGAGGGUGUGGACGCUUUGGGCGGCGAUGUCUACGCCGCGGCCAGCACCAACCUGCUCUUCCCGCUGCCUCGCGUCGGUGCCGACAAGCCUCUGCGCAUGCAGCUCUUUUUGAACGGUGGCCGUCUUCUUCCCCUGCGCACAUCUCAAAAGGCCACUCCCACCACAGGUGCCGAGGUGCAGGAUGCCGUUGUGUCCACCGUCUCCGAUCUUCAGACUGGACUCCCCAGCAUCGCGGCCGGUAUGGGUAUUGUGUACGCCCACCCUGUCGCUCGCUUUGAGUUGAACUUUUCUCUACCGUUGGUGCUGCGCAAGGGCGAGGAGGGCCGCAAGGGCCUGCAAUUGGGAAUUGGUAUUAAUUUCUUGUAG